UUCAGCUAGAAAUAUGCAUUUGUGAUGUGAACGUCGAACAACCACUUUAAAAAUCGUCCCGACUAAAUUAUUCCAUUGAAUGAAAUGAUCUGACAUUUUUUACGAGAAUGGUUGCUUAGUUUGUUUGGAGACGGUUCAUUGUGGGCGCAAGAAAAUACGUCCUUUUCGAUGGGCAACAGCGCCCUCUCUCAACAUCCACACUCACUUUUAACAUGGAGAGCUUUCAAAGCAUUUUCGAGGAAUCGAUUACAUCACAGCAGGGUCGAUUGGGUGCCAGGCAGGGUGCAUGCGAGCACCUCUGCAGCAGGGCUUAGUGGGUGAGAUGUGCAGGAUUGUACGCCUCCAAUCGAUACGGAGGACAAUAGCCCUGCCAAUGCCUCGGGCACUCGAGCCUUGAAUGGGGGUGAUCAAGUGGCCUGCCACGGCACACAACCAAUUUGCACGGACCGCUCAACAGCGCUGUUUAUUAUGGAUACACACGGUUGGAAAGUUUUGUGGGGCAAACUGAAGUUUUUACCCUCGAGGCGCAUCGUUUUAUUGCAUGGAUCCUCGUAAACAUGCCCACUUGAAACAAUUCCAAACGGACGUAGAUGCAAGAUCUAUAUGGUGACUUACAGACGAUCUACGGAGAGUCUCUGUUAGGGAUAUGUAAUCUGGUUGUGAAGCGUGUGUCAGCAUGACGAGGGUCACGGGGUGACCCCGCUUGGAGUGCAGUGACGUCGAACAAACAAGUACGCCAUUCUGCGUUGCUAACGAAAAACCCGUGCGUUACACCGGAGGAUUUCUGGAGCAGACAUGGAGAGUUUCUCGGUUGUCUCUCGGCGAUUGUCUCGAAUCAUGUAGUCGGAUACCGAGGGUAUAAAAAUGACUGUGUGAUUGAUUGGAGUUAUGGCUCAUGCAGUGGAUUCGAACUGGAGUCUUGGAGCUUCGACGGGAAGUUUAGGCUCGACCGCCAGUACUCCUCGUCUGUGCACUCAUCGUGGGUUGUACCGAGGCAGUGGUGGGGCAAGUGCGGAGAUCAUGAGCCCGCAGCAGCCUUCGCCCUGCAUGGACUCAGCUGGUGAGUCCCCGACCACCAGUUGGUCCCCGAAGGAAAGAGACCGACAUAACCAAAACGUUGUGGUGGCCCACAUCCGGCUCCGGCCAGAGAUCAAGGCAGAUCUGCCGUCCGCAGUGCCGAGCAGCGCCCGUGAGCCUUCGCAGGGAUACUCGGCGUCCCAUCACCACCACCGCGAUCCGGCCAACCACCGCUCCGUGAACGAAGAGCUGGACAAGUACAUGGUGAUCCGGCAGCGGAGCUUCCACGGCUACGCCAGGAGCAAGCAGGACCUGAGGCAGCUCCCCCAGACCGAUCCCCGGGAGGAGAUGGACGCCGUCCCGAGCUGGCUGCACCGCUCCAAGACUGACAUCUACAUCGAGAGGCGGCGGGCCAAGCUGGCCACCCAGAGGGCCCGUAGGCGCGGGGGAUCAGGCGGCUAUAACCUGGACGGUAUCACUCUAGGUAGCCUGGUGGACCAACUCCCGGUCCCAGGAAAACGAGACCACAACGGGAACGCCAAGCUGGAGUCGAGAAACUCCAAUCUCAGCCCCGGUGAGAGUCCGGGUGAAACGCGGUUCCCUCCGCUGACUUUGAACCGCAUGAAACAGAUGAUACAAAACGACAUCCAGAUGUAUUCCUUGGAGAGCCAGUCCGUCGAUCGCCGCCGGCCCUCCACCACUAACGCCUUGCCUACCUCGUCCACCACCUUCCCCGUGCCGGACCCUCCUCCGAACUCCCCGCCUCCCCCAGCCCAGGAGACCACGGGACACAAGCGGGGCCGGUUACGGAAGCAACCCCUCGGGUCCAUCCCGCUGAGGAUAUGGGAGCCGAGUUUAGACUACGUACUCAGGAGCAGUGCUAAGGAAUUACAGCCCCGGCAGGCUUUGUCUUCUUUGGCACACCAGGCAGCCGUGCGCCAACAACCAUCCCCCCUGAAAUAAACCCCUUAUAAUACAAGUAGAAGGUUUGCAUGGCUGCCAUCUUGCAGGCCAGUGCAUUUAUUCCACAGGGUGUUCCCCAAGGUUUCCCUGUGGAACAAAAGAACUGCCCUGCAAGAUGGCUACGACGCAAAGCCUGUAUACCACGUAAAAUACCAAUUCAGAAAGUAUAAUGUGUUAAUGGUUGUAGUCAUAUCCUCACAAGUCCCUCACAAGUCAUGGACAAGUCAUUCACUUCAAAAGUUAUUCAAAUGAAAUGACAAAGUUGUGAUUGACUUUUGAUGGACGUGACUAAAAUACUAGUUGAUUUAACCUUUCUUUACAAUUUAACUAUUAGUGCAUCAGGGAAAUGGGAGCAUGAAACAGGUGGAUUUAAACAGGGAGAGAGCAAGACAGGGAGCGAUUUUUUUGCCUGUGUAAGUUUCCUUUUCUUCUUUUCCAAUCCAUCGCAUUUCAGGCUGAACUUUCUGGCCUCUCCCGCCAUGUUUGUACGGAAAAUAAGGACAAGCAUGGGGCAUUAUGUGAAGUGUGACUAAAAUCACAAGUGUUGAUUUCAUAAUAGAUUGAAGGAUCCUCUCCUUCAACAACUAAAGUAUUAAAGUAUUGUGAUCCUGCUUUGGAACAUUUGUAUAUUUUACGAUUUAAUUCAAAAAUGAUACGGGUAUUUUUAAGCACGUCCCUUCCUAAGUUUAAACGUGGACAUAUUUCUCUAAUGGCACUGCUGAACCAUGUUGUUCGACCGUGCUUGAGUUAGACUUGUGAAGUCAUGCAGUUAGUUCAAAAGCUACAAUCCUGAAUCGUGCAUGUUUUUGAACAUAAUCAUUACAGUUUGAACAAACUGGCCAAAGACAAUUGAUAUAAAUUGUCAAAUUACCAAGUUCGAACUAUUUGUUU